UUGAGAAUCAGAACCAGGUUCACGCUCCAACGUCAGUUUGUAUGAUCAACGAUCAACAGUUGCGGUUGCUGGUUUCAGGAGGAAAACCAGCCUUGACUUUCCUACUGAACUGCCAGCCGUCAGCCGUUUGCGAUUCAACGUGGCCUUGGAUAGAGUCUAGAGCCAAUUCCCGUGCUGCAGGCAUGUCGAAGAGCGGAACCGUUAAGACCUGGAACGAUGAGAAAGGCUUUGGAUUCAUCGGUCCAGACGAUGACGGGGAGGAUUUGUUCUGCCACCGUUCUGCCCUCAAUGGAUGCAAGGGCCUUGGGAAGGGGGACAAGGUGCGUUUUGAAGCGGAGUACGAUGACCGGAAGGGCAAGAUGCGGGCGGUGAACGUGUCUGUGGAGGGCGGCGGCGGUGGCGGUGGCUAUGACGACCGCCGCGACGACCGCCGCCGCGACGACCGCCGUGACGACCGCCGCGACUAUGACCGCCGCGAUGACCGACGGGACGACCGGCGCGACGACCGGCGAGACGACCGUGGCGGAAAGGGCAAAGGCGGAAAGGGCGGCGGCGAUCGCUUUGGUGGAGACAACCGUGGGGACGACAUCAGCAAUGGCGGCAACAAGCACUUGACAGCGCGCGAGUUGUUCAUGAGGCACGAGCGCGAGAAGCGCAGCAGCCGUCGCUCCUCUUCGUCCUCGCGCUCCCGAUCCCCCCCGAGGCGCCGCGAAAACUUUGCCUAGUUGCGAUGCCUUAAUUUAUGAAAUGAUCUGUGGAGGCCACGAAAAAGACCUCACGAAAAUAGAAGACCGGACGGCGAAUUUGGAAGGGAUCGUUGAUCCCUUUUUAACCAUGCAGGCGAGCGAUAGCAUGCAACAGCCACAGCAAAAGUUCCGUGGCCGGUGCCCAUGGGAAGGGGCCGUUGUGUAGGUGCAGGACUAGCUGUGAGAUUUGAGUGCAGCUGUACAGCUGCAUUGCUACAGGAGAUUAACAGACAAGCACGACGCACAGUCAAUUUGGGCAUUGUGGCCUGCCUUCGUUCCAUCUGCUACAUGGCAGGCAGUAGUUUCAUGCCGCUAAUUUGUGCCAUCACCCGAGGCCACAGAAGCUCAUUAUGAGCGCAUCACGUGAGCUAC